AGUGCCACACCAGCGGCCGAGCAGCCGACACACGCAGUGCGCGCUCCGCGACUGAGAUAACAACAGACCGCGUGUCGCCUUGAGACAGUGCAGUCUUUCGCGCGCGAGUGCCGAGACCGUGGACCGUUUCCUCCGGCGGACUAUGCAAAGCUUCGUGAAUGCUUCACGCAAUAACUAACUUGGAUAUACCAGAACGCUAUAUUGUUUUACGCUAAAACUUGUGAGAAGGACUGACAGCAAGUCUGCUACGAGGAAGUUUAUGGAAUAAAACUCAUAAAACACGCCGGGAUGAUCGAGUGUGAACUGGUGCGGCCGCGCUGGAAUGGCGCGAUGCUGACGAGCUGCCCCAACUGCCAGCAGCUGCUGGAGCUGCCGCCGGCGCCGCUGUGCCACCACCAGCACCAGCAGUCGCGCGCGCUCGCAGCCAUGGCCGGGGGCGGGCUGGUGUCGGUGGCGCCCCCGGCCGUCUUCCUGCAGCCCGCCCCCGCGGCGCCGCCCCCGGCCUCUGCCGCCGCCGCCGCCUCCAAGGACUCGCCGUCCUCGCCCUCGUGCUCCCCGCAGCCGCAGCCGUCGCCGUCGGUGCCGCUGACGUUCGCGUGGACGCCGCUGCCCUGGGCGCCGCCCAUCCCCGUGGUGGUCGCCGCCGCCGCCCCCGUGCUGCCGCCCGCCCCCGCGCCUCCGGCUGCCGCCGCCCUGUACGCGGCGCCGCGACCCUCCACGGUUCAGCAGCCAUCAUCAGAUGUGGACCUGGUCCGCCUGGCUGCUACACAGGCAGCAUUGCGUGCCUCAGGCUGGUACUACGAGGGUCUGUCGUGGCAGCAGUCAGCAGAGCUGCUGCGUGCCUCAGAGCCCGGGACGUUCCUAGUACGCGACUCGUCAGACGCUCGAUUCCUCUUUUCGCUGAGUGUGCAAACAGAGCGUGGCCCGACAUCAGUCCGACUGCACUAUGUCGCAGGCCAGUUUCGGCUCGAUUCCGAGGCACGACUCACUGCCAGCAUGCCACUCUUCAACUGCGUCGUUGCAUUGGUCGAGCAUUACGUUGCCGAGACGCAGAGGCGGGCCUCCUCCCAGCACCGAGAUUGUGCUGCAGGAGGCAAAGAGCAGGUGUGGGUGGACGCGCAUGGCCAGAUGUAUUCACCAAUUGUACUGACUCGUCCACUCUAUCGACAAGGGCACCCACCAAGUUUGCAGCACUGUGCCAGGCUGGCUGUGAAUCGUGUACUAAAUGGACGACGCCCUACACAUCUCCCAUUGCCAUUAACAUUAAAGGAAUAUCUCAGCGAAUACCCUUACAAACAUUGAUGUAUCAGAACAAGAAGCUGGUUGGAAUCUUCUGUGAAGAUUUAUCCAGAACUUCAGUUACAUGGGAGCAAUUUUGUUAUUGAAAAAUUAUGUAGAAUAGAGAUGGACUAUCAGUCUUUUCAAAAAGGACACAUAAAUAUUUAUGACUAUGUAUCUUCCAAAAUUCUGCUGUUCACAAAAGAGGAUAUUGUUUGUGUAAGUGCCAGUGUGGUCUCACUCUAAAAGUAAUGUUAUAAUUGCUAUUUGUCAGACUUAUAAAAGAAUCUAUGAAUCAGAAUUCUCAUUUCUAGUAAUGUCAGAACUGAAAUUACAACUUUAUUCCACAAAACUCUUGAAUUUUUAUUUCCUAUCAGUAAUCAACACACUUGAGUUCUCUGCAUAAUUUCUCUUAAGGUUAUUUGUAGUGCACCUGUGGUGGAUAAUAAUAUGAUCAGUGAUAAUCAAAUUUUAAAAGUGUGACUUACUACUUAUGGAAAAGCAAAUGAGAUGAAACUGUUUGCUGCACAAAGUGAGCCUCUAAAUUAAGUGGACAGUUCUAAACAACAUUAAAAGACAACAUCCAGUUGAACAGAAAGCCUGUACAGAAUCUUUCUCAUAUUGUUGAGAGUUCUGUUCAAAUUAUAUUACAAAAACUAGGAAAAAGUGUCCUGUCCAGACUGCAAUUGGCAAGUUAUGUUGUUUCUCAUUGUUAUGAUUUUCAUUUUGAUGUCUGUGAUGUUUGGGAAGCUUAAAGGACGUGUGUAGACAAUUUAUUUUUGGAAGACAACUAUCUCUGAUGUUUUUAUUAACUGAAACCUUAACACCAUUGGUUUUGGUACUUCAUUUGCAAGGUAAAAAUAGUAAUUCUUUUGGAUGCAGUUCUUAUUUGUGUGUGACAAAAUUGUGUAACAAAACUCUGCUGGUUAAUGAUUUUUGUGUGCACUGGUAUUGUGUUCCUGAAAGACAAUUAUUGCAUGUGUAAAUUUUGUAAAGUUCAUCCUGGAGCAAGCAAUAUUGGUCUCGUAAGAGAGUUGUUUUAUGUAUGAAAGUUGUUCUUUGCUCUGCAGGAUGGAGAAGAAUAUCGUAAUGGUGAUAGACACAGGAAUAUGCAAGCUGUUCCAUUCUCCUUUAGCUGCAACAGGCAAACCACAUGCAUAACAGGAGAGCACCAAGUUAUGCACUACCCAAACCAGUUUCUCUUAUUUUGUACUAAAAUAAACAAAGUUACAGCAUAAUCAAAUGAAGCAUGUGCCUUUUAAAAAGGGGAGCACAGUACCUUGUUGUGCUUAAGAGAGAGAGAGUCAGACAAUGUGUCUAACAUACUCUGGGCAAAUAAAACAUAGAAUUAAGCAUAAACUGUACUUGGCUAUAUUAUUUUCCUGUAGAAGGAAUGCAAAAGAACCCUGAAGAGCAUUUGCAUCUCCAGUAGUUCGAAAAUGCAGUGUUGACCUUUCAGGCACAAACUUCAUUUUUUUGGACUGUACUAUACAGUUACACAGAUGUAUACUGUCAUAAACAAAAAGAACCAUAUCAGAAACGGUAAGCAGCUGAGGUUCCUAUACAUCUGUAAUAGUUUUGUGGAACUAAAAAGGAAAAAAUGUGAAACAUGAUAAACAUGCACAAAUGUUUCAUUGGCCAUCACUUGAUUUGUACCAGUUGUAUUCAUUUAAUAUAAUGAGUUGUAAACAGCAUAUAUAAUACGAUUUGUUCACAAAGGUGCCUCCUGUAUGAUAAUGUAUGCUGGGAUACUAAAAUUCUGACACAGUAUUAAACCUCAUGUUCUUUGCAAUAGUAUUGAGUUUUUGUUUUAAAAAAAAAAACAUAGUGGCAGGUACAAAAUGAAAUUGUCAUAAACAAUUAAAUAGUAGUGUCAGGCAAAUGUAUUUGUUCCCAUGAUUUGCUUACUCGCAAGAGUAGAAUCAAAGUGUCUGCUGGAUAAAAAGACUCAAGAUGUAAGUUCCUAAUAGGAACCAUAAUGGGCUUCCAGUUUAACAUUCUUGGUCAUGUCAAAAUAUAAUAAUAUAUGUACACCAUACAAAAAGCAUCUGAUGUAAUAUGAAUCAGUUGACAAUAUUAUUUGGUGAUUAAUUUCACAUUUUUCUGGUAUAAAAUGAAAAUGGUUUUGUAAUUCAUAUAUAUUGUAAUGGGUCUGGAUUAUCUAUUUGUUUCUUUUAAGAAAAAUGUAAAUAUUUUCUAACAGACAUGCAGUGUUUCUCUGAUUUAUAAACUGAAACAAUACCUAAAUGUACUGUUGCACCCACAUCAUAUAGUUGUCGUUUGACAUGUAUACUCUUAUUAGUGAAAUUUUUAACUUACUUUCAGACAUCUAAAUAGAAGGUGUGCUGCAGUUUAUAACUUGGUAUGUUAUGCUGAUUAUCUUUUCUGAUAAACAUAAUAUAUAACUUAGGCAAUCCUCAGCAGUGUGAGUAGGUUGCCUAUAUGAUGAAGAAUGUCUAGCCCAUCAAAUGAAAAAAGGCAGGAGAGAUACCCCCACCAUUGUCACACUUCAUCAGGUAUUACAUCAAAUUUUAUUACAUAGUCAUGUCGCUAUAAAUUUGACAGCAUUCAAAUAAAUUUGUCAUUACAGUUCAGCUAAGAUAUUUGAGGUGACUGAUAUUGUUGGGUAUGUUAUUGUUUUUCUCCCACUGAUAUGUCUGUUAGAAAAUUCAAUCAUCAAUUCCCAGACCUUAAUGUGAAGCGAAGGAACCAUUUCAGCUCAUGUAUUCUACCAGUGUAUUUCAGCUUAUGUUGCUACCACCUCAAAGAACAUAUUAGUCCUCAUUUGUAUGAUAGUUCAUUGCCAUUAAUUCACACAAAUUUGAUGUCUUUCAAUUUAUGCCUGUUUGAUUAUAUAAAUUAUUAUACUAUUUAUUCA